AUGGAGGCCUCCAUGGAGUUUGUAGAUGGAAGACAAUGGAAUGUGGAGUACUUCAAUAGUGACCCGAACAUAACCGUGAAUGUCACCGACAAGAAGCACACCGUCUACAUCUUCCAAUGUGAGGGAUGCACCGUUAGAAUCAAUGGAAAGUGUAACUCUGUGACGCUGGAUCAGUGCAAAAAGACGGCCGUCGUUUUUGAUGGAAUCGUGGCGCAAGUUGAAACGAUCAACUGUGAAUCGAUUCAACUACAGACUCUUGGAGAACUACCGACUGUGUCAAUUCAAAAAACCGACGGAUGUCAAAUCUACUUGUCUGAGGCUUCCGUUGGAGCGGAAAUCGUCACUUCAAAGAGCUCAGAAAUGAAUUUGCUUGUGCCCGGAGGUCCUGAUGGUGAUUUUAUCGAACUACCGAUUCCCGAACAAUUCAAAACGGUUUGCAACACUCCCCGACGAUACUCGGUGACGUUAGAUGUGCACGAGUUCAACCCCUCUGAUUUAAAGGUGCAAACGAAAGGCCGAAAAAUUGUUGUUGAGGGGAAACAUCUAGAAGCCGAGAAUCGAUUUGGAUCAGUGACAAAGUUUUUCAAAAGGAAAUUCAAGUUGCCGAAAGAGUGCGAGCUGUCAUCGGUCGAGUCACGCCUCAGUCCGCAAGGCAUUCUCUGCAUUGAGACGAAGAAAAGAGAACGCAAGGAUUCUCAAAAUGUGCCUAUCGUUCGAGAUUUCGCCGAUCCUUUCGUCGUGGAGGAGCACUUC